AUGGCUACCAAGACUUUAGCCUCAUGGGCUCUGGCCCUUCACUUUACCAACCUUACCCAGCCCGUGACCGACAUGGCAGUCAAAAGCAUCUAUAACUGGGCAGGAUGUACUAUUGGUGGAUACGAUCUUCCACCAGCUGGCGUUGCCUACGAUGCCCUGUUUCCCUUACUGCCAGAAAAUGCCGGGAACUCGUCCAUUCUUGGCUCGAAUGCCUUCGUCGAUAUGCAAACGGCAGCUCUCGUGAACGGCAUAGCAUCGCACGUGGAUGACUACGACGACACACAUGCUGACACGCCGGUCCAUCCCUCGGGCCCUGUGGCGUCUGCUUUAUUGGCAGUUUCUGAAUGGAAGGCUCCUGUCUCCGGUGAAGACUUUAUUACAGCCUUUGUGGCCGGUGUGGAGGCCGAGUGCAAGCUCGGAAUUUCCGUAUACCCCGAGCAUUAUGACGUUGGUUGGCACAUUACCAGUACCACCGGCUCCAUAGGAGCGGCAGUGGCUGUUGGCAAGCUGCUCGGACUCGACCUGGAGCAGCUCCAGCAUGCGAUCAGUAUUGCCUCCGUCCAGGUUAUUGGGAUGCAUGAGUCUUUUGGGACCGACACCAAAGCAUUCCACGUCGGUCGUGCUGCACAAUCCGGCCUUCUGGCUGCAGUACUCGCGCAAAAUGGUCUUGGUGGCUCACUACAGGGAUUAGAAGCAGAACGAGGUUGGGCGAAUGUAGUGAGCACAAGCCAGAACCUCACUGAGGAGCUGUCCACACUGGGAGAUAUCUGGGAGAUUACCAAGAACACAUUUAAGCCGUUUCCGUGCGAUCGGAUUUUGCACGCUGCUAUUGAUGGAUGGAUCCAGAUCCAUGAUCAGGCAGAAGAAAAGGAUCUCGACCUCACUACGAUUGUCAAUAUUACGGCACGCACACACCCUCGCGUGCUGUUUUUGACCGACAAUCCUGAGCCGCAGACCGGACUCGAUGGAAAGUUCAGUGUUUACCAUGCCGCUGCUGUUGCAUUGCUCUUUGGAGAAGCCACGCCGAUUCAGUUCACCGAUAAAGUCGUCCAGAACUCCACUGUUGCUGAUCUACGCAAAAAGGUGCAUGUCGCUUCGGACGAUGCAAUAGCUGAGCAUGAAGCGUUUGUCACCACCGAAUUCGAGGAUGGCACUAUAGUGAAAGUCCAUGUUGAGGAGGCACUUGGCAGUAUCGGAAAGCCAUUGUCAGCAGCCCAGCUGAAGACCAAGUUCCUUGAACAUGUUGGUAAUCAUAUUGGCGAGACACGGGCCCAACAGGCUUUCGACGGUUUCUCCCAAAUUUUGAAUGCCACAGAUGUUGGACGUAUAUCGCACAGUUUCAAGGUCUAA